AUGUCUUCGAUUGACACCCAUUAUGGUGGUUCAAUUCUAGUUAUGCGGGGAAAGGAUGCGAUUGUUAUUACGGCCGACAGACGUUUUGGAAAUGGCCCAGCUACUCAACAUUGUGGGUUUUCUCGUUUAUAUACACUAACUCCUAAUGUAGUUAUUGGUUUAGCUUGUUUUGUGCCCGAUUGUCAGAUCAUCUUUAAGGAGUUGCGCAAACAUGCUAAUAUGUUCCGCCUCUCACAGAGUCGAGAGAUAGAACCGCAAGAAGUUGCAUCACUACUAUCUUACAUUCUGUACAGCAAGAGAUUCUCGCCUUACUACAUUGAUCCCAUUGUGACAGGCUUUGAUCGGUCGGGCAAGAGUCAUAUUUACACUAUGGACUGUAUUGGGUGUAUUAGUACGCCGCCUUGGUUUGCCACGGCUGGAACAGCGGCUAAGAACUUGACUGGGAUUUCCGAGACUUUGUACGAGGAAGGAAUGGAGACAGAAGAUCUGUUUACUACAUCGGUGCAGGCCUUCCUUAAUGCAGUAGACCGUGAUGCCCUGUCUGGUUGGGGAGCGGAAUCAAUGAUUCUUACGCCGCAGCAACACAUUCAUCGUGAGAUUGUUGGGCGUAUGGAUUAG